GAGACAACGGCAGCCGCUCGCGAUCGCAGUCGCAGUCGCGGGCGUCAGUCGCCUGGUCACACUGCCUGCGGCCUGCCUCCACACCAGCCACAGCCAUGGCGCGCCGGACCAACCACACCUCCUCGCCCUCCAUGAACGCCACGGCAGCGGCGGCGGCGGCGACGACGACGACGACGACAAUGAUCGCCUCCUCGCCGUCUCCCCCGCGGCCGCCGCCUGCGCCUCCCGCGGGAGCGUGGGGCCCCUACGCCAGCUCCCGCGCCUUCUUCUCCAACGUGGCCACCAUCCUCAUCAUCCUGGCCUGCGUGUCCCUGCUCGCCUUCUCCCUCCACGCCGCCGCGCGCUUCCUCCUCCGCUGCCUCGCGCGCCGUCGCGCCGCGCGGGAGUUGGGGCAGCAGGAGCUGGCGCAGGCGCAGGCGCAUGAUGCGCAGGAGCCCAAGCUCCCCUCCGGCGCCGCUGCCAGAGCCGGCGCCGGCCCUGGCUCGGAGCCGACCGGUGCUGCCAGUGGUGCAGGUGUGUGGGCGGAGGCGGAGUGCGCCAUCUGCCUGUCCGAGCUGGAAGGCGGCGAGCGCGUCCGCGUGCUCCCGGCGUGCGGCCACGGGUUCCACGGCGCCUGCGUCGACGGGUGGCUCGCGGCGCGCGCGUCCUGCCCCACCUGCCGCGCGCCGUCGCGGCCGGGAGAGCCGUAGCCGCGCCGAGCACAGCAAGGCUGCUGCCGUGCCGUCGUCGCUGCGCUCGGCCUGUGGCCGUGGCACGUACGAUAAGGGACGAAGAUCGGCGAGUACCCAUUACUCUGGAGCAAGCUCUGCUCCCGUCCUCCAUGCCUCACGGUUUCAUUUCAUGGCGUGUGUUUUAAUUAUGGCGUAGGAGAAUGUAUGUAAAUGCAAAUUGAAUGGAAUGGUGGCUGCUAGUAGUUCGCAUGGAAUUACGGCUCGAUCAUUUCUCUUCCAUU